UGUGUCAAGCUAUGUGUUUUGCAGGAGCCAUACUUCUUAACAUAACAGUGUGCGGUCAGGCUCCUCUCAACACCAAGAUUGUUGGAGGACAAGCUGCAGUUCAGGGGUCUUGGCCGUGGCAAGCAAGCCUUCAUAGAAUUACGUCUGGAAGUCAUUUCUGUGGUGGGAGUCUAAUCAAUAAAGACUGGGUUUUGUCUGCAGCUCACUGCUUCCAGAGCACCGCUGUGUCUAAUGUAAAAAUCUACCUCGGCCGUCAACUCCAAACGGGCUCAAACCCGAAUGAGAUCUCCAGGACAGUGACUCGGCUCAUCACCCAUCCCAGCUAUAGCACAACUACCCAAAACAAUGACAUAGCACUGCUGCAGCUCUCCUCUUCUGUGACGUUCACUGAUUAUAUUAGGCCAGUUUGUCUGGCGGCUGCUGGUAGUGUAUUUGGUGGAGGUACUAAGAGUUGGAUCACUGGAUGGGGCAAACUCAAAUUUGCAGACACCCAGAUUCCAAACAUACUGCAGGAGGUGCAGAUACCAAUUGUAAGCAACAGUGUUUGUAAUAAGGCCUACGGAGGAAUCAUUACAAGCAACAUGCUGUGCGCUGGACUAGAUGAGGGUGGAAAAGAUUCAUGUCAGGGAGACUCUGGAGGUCCAAUGGCAAAUAAGAACAAUUCCCAGUGGAUUCAGUCUGGCAUUGUGAGUUUUGGGCAAGACUGUGGAAUACCCAAGUUCCCUGGUGUUUAUACCAGAGUGUCUCAAUACCAGUCUUGGAUCAGCUCUCAAAUAAGCAGCGAUCUACCAGGAUUUGUCUCAUUCACCUCCACUGAAUCAAGCUCAGGCUCACCCAGUCUCCUCUUAUUUUCCCUUUCUCUCACAUCAUUAAUCAUUCCUCUGAUUUUCUCCUUAUUUGUAUUUUCUUGAUUUUUAUUAUUUCAUUUUGGUUAUGCUUUAAUACAUUAGAGUAUUCGUAUUCUUUAAAAUAUAGUACUACUAGUGUACUAUUAGUAUGUAUGUGUAGGCCUAUAUAUAGGAAAUCUUGAUAUAGACCCUUUGUCAACAUGAAUAAAUACAAAUCCACUGCAGUCACUUUGAAUUCAAAUAAAGUUUUGCUCAAUUACAAUAACAGUGUACAGUAAUCUAAUACUUUGCACUCUGUAAUAGAAACGGAAGAAGUGUAACUUAUGCACACUGAUGGCCCCAGAUGUAUAAUUUAUCUGAAACCUGUACUUGAUUUCCUCUUUUUCCAUGUUAUAUAAACCAAAUAAAUGAGAAAAAGCUAUUGAGCUAUG